AUGCCCAAAGCUAAGGAUCGUGUCGCCAAAAAUUCCAAAGAUGGAGGCAUCGUGGUCACGAGUCAACAGAGCCGCUUUCACACGGAGAGCAUUGAUGCCCCAACGCUGAGAGAGAUAGACAUCCGAGACCUGACGAUCUCUAUCGGUGGGUUGGAACUGCUCGACCAUGCGCACCUCCGUAUCCAGCCUGGAGUCCACUACGUGUUUCAUGGCCGCAACGGCACAGGGAAAUCAACUGUGCUAAAAGCAUUGGCAGAACGACGCAUCCCCGGAGUCGCAUCAAAUCUACGGAUGUUGCUACUUGGGCAGACCCGCGUCAGCUCUGACAUCGACAGCGACAAUGUCCCGCAAUCACCCGAGCAGAGCGUGCUGGAGUAUGUGACUCGAAGCGAUGCCAAACGAGAACGAGCGCUACAAGAUCUUUCACGGCUCACAAGUGUUCUCGAAGCGUCAGAAGUAGACGUCGAGGCGACGUCAAGGACAGUCAGAAAGCUUCAGCUCGAAGCCGCGGAGGAUGAAGAGAAGGAAGCACAGCUCACAGCAGCACGACGAAGUGGCGCAAGGGGUGCAAAGGCUCGUCAGGCGCUGAUCGAAAAGGAGCAAACAGUGGCACAGGCUAAGGGCCGACUACUGGAGGAGACCACGUCCGAUCCUGUGGAGGACCAACAGGCUGGCAUUGACAUGAUGGAAAAUCUCCGGUCAGCUUUGGAAGCCAUGGAUGCCGGCAGCACCGAGGCCCGGGCUCGAGCUGUGCUUCUCGGGUUGGGAUUCAAGGGGACGCAGAUCGAAUCGCCAGUCUCACAGUUGUCAGGGGGUUGGCAAAGUCGCUGUGACCUGGCCUGUGCUCUCAUUCAGGCCACUGAUAUCCUUAUGUUAGACGAGCCAACCAACUUCCUCGAUCUACCGGCCAUCAUCUGGCUCCAGCGAUAUAUUACCACUGAUCUUAUAGGCAAGACCGUUGUGGUAGUUACGCACGAUCGAGACUUUGCUGAUGCAGUUGCGCAAGAGCUCAUAUUACUGCGGUUGGCGCCAGCUAAGACGAUUGAGACCUUCAAAGGUAACUUGGGCGAGUAUGAAUCCGAGAAGAGCCGGCAAAUUCGUCGCAUGACCAAGAUGUCUGAGGCCCAAGAGCGGCAGACCAAGCAUAUGGAAGAGACUAUUGCCUCUAACAUCAAAGCUGCAAAGCGCUCUGGAGAUGACAAGAAGCUGAAGCAGGCUGCAUCACGCCGCAAGAAGCUCGAUGAGCGGAGUGGUCUUGAAGUUGGACUCAAAGGGGGGCGUUUCAAGCUGAAUCGUGACCUUGCGGGGUGGCACAACUCGAACAGAGCUGCCAUCGAAAUCCCCGGAUUUGACCCUCCCGUCGGGAUCAGUCUACCAGCGCAACCAGCUGAUCUUCGUCACCCAGGGUCUUUGGUGUCUUUUGAGAAGGUGACCUUCACAUACCCUAAUUCGGGCAUCUACACCCUGAAGAAUGUCGACCUGGUCUUGCAUCCCGGAGAUCGUGUCGGGUUGGCUGGUCUCAACGGGUCCGGAAAAUCAACAUUAAUCAAGCUCCUGAUGGGAUCAUUCAUUGGCUCAGGGCUACGUCCCACGAAAGGCAUCAUCACCACUCACCCAAAGGCUAGGAUUGGAUACUACUCACAGCACGCUGUUGAAGAGCUUGAAGCGCUCGGGAAGCAGGAGGUUGAGCUCACGGCCUUGUCUCACCUGGCGUCCAUUGCUGGCGCAGAGUACUCGGAGCAAGAUCUUCGCGGUAUACUGGCCAGCCUAGGACUAAAAGGCAGCGUCGUUUCUGACGUACCGCUCGGGCAUCUCUCAGGUGGUCAGCGGGUGCGUGUAGCACUGGCCCUGGCUCUCUUCGAUUCUCCUCACCUGCUCAUUCUUGACGAAGUGACUACCCACCUUGAUGCAGACACGAUAGUGGCUCUGAUCGAAGAAUUGCAAGACUGGCAAGGUGCGUUAAUCGUCGUCACGCAUGACCGGUACUUUAUGCGCUGCGUGGUCGAACGAGAGAAGGUCACUUCGCCCUCGGAUGAUCAGGACGAGGAGGGCAGUGGGGAGGAAGACGAAGCACAGACUCCUGGAACAGUAUACAGGAUGUUCAAGGCAGGCUUGCAGAAACUUGAAGGUGGCAUGGGCCAGUACGAGAGCUUGGUUGAGAAGGCGCUGGCGAAGAAGAACAAGUGA